GUCAACGACACGCUUUUCACACUGGUUAAACAUGCAGUGAAUGGCUAUACACACGGGCCGUUUAGAAAAUACAAUCUGCCGUAGUUAGUGAAGUUUGUAGAUAAUUUUGCUUUUUGGACCACUGAUCAACAAAUGUUGAUCUAGAAUCCAGAUGACGAUGGUGCUUUUAAAAGUUGUCAAGUUUUGGAAUUUACUCUUGAUCAUAAUUUUAGCGACAGUGUGUGCUUGUUUGAAAAGUGACUUGAGCAGCGACCAAUACGGCACACGUUUACCAGGACACCUGGGACAGAUACCUGUUGCUUCAAAUGAGGACGACCAAGGAAAUAUUGAAGAUGACCAACGAAAAAGGCUUAAAAGUCUUGGAGAAACCCUUCUAGUGCCCCAUUACGACAGACUAGUUAAUCUUGAUUUAAUUUUUAAUUCCCAGGUUUCCAUUAUUUUGGAGGAUGGGGAACCAGGUGACCCUCUCUCUUUUUCUGUGGAGUCAGAAGAGAACCAGUUUAAGUUACCACAGACUGGUUCACUGUCACUGUAUCACACCAGUAGCUUCCACGGCAGGGAUACCCUUAAUGUUACUGUACAUCUGUCUGACCCCCAGCCCUGGGGUUCCGUGAUGGUGUGGUGGUCCCUGUGUGUGGCUGUCCUGGUAGCCACCACCAUCAGUCUGUACCAGGUGGUGCUGCAGUCCUGUACAGAAACCACAGACGAUAAAGUGCUGGGAUAUUGGACCAGACUUACUAGGUGCAUGUGGAGAAUAAAAAGAAACAGAGGACACCAGUGUGAACAUGUGAACUCACAGAUAAACCAUGAUCAGCCACAGACACCAGACAUAUCUAGUCUACACAAUGAGGAAAGUCCGGCCACCAUGACAGGGACGCAAACCUUAAGGGACAAACUGUUAAGAGUUUGGUUUGGUGCUGAGUCCAGCCGGGGACGAUGGAGGCCAUUACCCAGCCCUGUAAUGGUGUGUGUAGGCGUCGUCCUAAUGGCAGCAGCUGUGUGUGCCCUCUCCUCCUUCUCCUACAAUUACUACCUCAGGAUCCGCAUCCCAUCAGAUUCACAUAUCCGUAGAAUUCGAUCCUAUAGUGAAAACCCCUCCAUUUCUGCUAUUUCUAUCAACAGUAAUAGCAUGGCACUGGUUACCCGAGUUCAUAUCAUGGAUGUAAAAGCCAUGUGCAGGACUGACCCAACACGAUGUGAGACCUAUGCGAUCUGUGACACUCUCCAAGGCGCUUUGAACUGUCGAUGCAAAAGAGGCUACUUUGUUAAAAACAGGGAGUGUUCAGCCUGCUCGACAUCGUGCCCAGAUGGUUUCUACAUGACACACCAGUGUUCUGCUCAUCAGGAUCUCAUUUGUAGAGAGUGCACCAAAUGUAAAGGUUCAACUUAUGAAGCUGCUAAAUGUUCUAGUACACAGGACACAAUAUGCAUGGAUGUGAACUUUCCAAUGACCAAUGUAAGGUGGCAAGCUACCAUUCGUGAACCCAAUAAUUCAACUUCUGUGUCCAUUUCCUCUUCAAACAACGUCUUUAUGGAAUGCCUGGAGAACAUCCGUGACAAGGAAAUCCCCCUCCCCCUCAACUCUAACCAGAUCCAGAUGGAGUUCCCCAUCAUCCGGAGGUCAGGCCUGGAGGUCAAUGUCAAAGUCUCCCAGACCUACCUGAUUCCAGAGUAUGUGGACCUGGAUCACGAGGACGACGCCCCCUUCUUCUUCAUGAACAAGUUCAGUACCUACAACAUGAAGAAGAGAAUGACAUUUAUACAGGACAACUACUGCAGGGAUGUGGUACCUGACCAUUACAAGGUUAUUCUGAACAUUCUCUCUGACCACUACACAGUGGCCAGUAUGGACACCUGCCAGCCCACCGAGACUGACCCCUGCCCCGAGGGGGUGAAGGAGGGGGACCCCUACCUCAACAGGAAACUCUACAUCAAGUGUCCAUACUCUGACGGAAAGGAAUCCAACUUCUCCCAGUUGUUUCAAAGUACCAACAUGAUGUACUGUUCCCUUCCUAACAGCCUUCUGACAAAUACAUUUGGAUUGGAAGGAACAAAGGUCACGACCCUGAACUUCCCCACCCAGGAGUGUAAACAGAGCAUGGAGCUUUGUCAGGAUUGCCAGCAGCAGUGUGAACAAAAAUCAUCGUCUCUGGAGGACGUUACGUGUUGUAGAGUGACGUGUUUCAGUCAGAGAACCUGUAAAAAGGCAUUCAGUGAGGACUGUCCACAGAGACCCAUAGAGUGUGCAAGAGGUGAUGUAUACAGGUACAGCAUUGAACCAGUGUUUCAAUCCUUAGAAAAGAAAUUCUCCUGUCACAUGAAGUACAAAAAGCCCCCUAAGCUGUACAAAGUCAGCUACACCGUGAAGCUACCCUCUAUCCAGCACACCUUUAAGACGCGUUACUUCUCACCCAAGGUAAAAGACCGAGAAUUCCACCAGAGUGGAGAAGCCAGCCAGGAUUUCCUCCACACCAGACACUCCACCUACUCCAACAUCCACGAUGAGGUCAUCCUGACCGGCACUAACUUCGACGAUAACACACCCACCCGCUUCUACAUGCAGCCCAUGAAAAAACCAGAGGAGUUCAACACCAGAAAGAAUUUUGGGGUUCGUCCAUAUCGGUCAGAGUGGCAGAGUAAUGUGUACUCCACCACUGUGCAGUUUGAGCGCCCUUUUCUAUAUAGUGCCAUUACGUGGAACAGAGGAGGCUGUGAUGCCAAGAACUUCUCCCAGAUUUAUCCCCAGCAACCCCUCCACACGGCAGAGAAAACCGUGAUUGAUCCCACUAUCAGUAAGGUGGACGGGAAAUUUGAAUAUCAAGCUAUUUCUCUGAAGGAGCAGGCUGAGAUUAGAAUAGGAAUUAAAGGAGAUAAGUCUAUCCUGGCCAGUUUUGAGGACGACAUUGGACCAACCGUCAUCAACUCCAGUAGUUUCUCAGGAAGUCUGGAAUGGCAGCACUAUACAAGGAGUUGGAACAUCACCGUCAAUGGUACACUACUGAAAUGCCCGGGCUAUCUAACCAUGGAUGUGUAUGACCAGUUCAUGGAAUCCUAUUUCGGAAAGUAUGACAUUUUCGUGAAAUGUCCAUCUCCACAGUUCUCCUUCAGUUUUCUUCUACCGAGAUCCAGAAGUGACACUCCAAAUGUGUUUGCAGUCUUUGUUAACGACACAAAGGCCUCACAUAAAAUACUUCUGACCAUGUUAAUCAACCCAACCAACAUCCCUGUCACAAGAGAACUCGUUGUCAUGGAACAUGUCACUAACCAAUUUCCAUGGAUGCCAAUCAUUGUCAUUCUGAUAUUUUCUGGAAUUCUAGUAACCGUAUUUGUGAUUGCUGCAUUCUGCAUUUCCAAAAUUAGACAAGUUACAACCAAUGACGUUUUCAAAUAUGCAGGAGUCACUUUCUUGAAAGACGAUGAGAGGUCAAAACAAGACGAUGGGUCAAGGCCAGUUAAGACCCCUAUCUCGCGCAGCGUGACCUGCUGUCUUGUGACUCUCUAUGUUGUGUAUGCUUUGAUGUUUACAUUCUCUGUUUUGCUAGGUGUAUUUUAUAUUGUGCAAGGACCUCUCAUAGGAAACUUAACUAUUGUGUCCAAUACCAGUGCUAAAAUUCACCAGGCGGUGGAGCUCAGGUUUCAUAAUAUGCGGGAAUUUGAGAUUUCUGAGAUAUCUCACAUGUACAACCAGACUCGAGAUCGACUCAGAGCAUGCUCGUACCACAACCUGCAUGAGAUUAAGAAAAUUGUAAAGCAAAUGAAAGAACAGUUAGAUGUAUUUGUAAAACAUUUCUACAUACAAAACAAAACAAUUGAGAAUAUUCUUACCAACACUUUAGAAGAAAAAUCCAAAAUUUUGGAAGAAGAGCUAUCAGAAUUUUUAAAGGAAUAUAAUAGAACAUUACAAAGUGAAUUUAAAACUGUUCUCUCCAAGUACCAUCAGUUUCUGAAAAGUCUUAUGAAAAAUGAUUGGCUGAAAUUUCCAGAACAGCUUUUCAUUGGUCAGAAGGAAUUGAUUGACAGUAAGCAGGACAUGGCCCACCUCCUGGGGUUUAUGGAGUGGCUGGAGAUUAACCAAGUAGAGGAGACGCUUCAUGUCACGGACGGCAUCAUGAAAACGUUGUCGUCUUCACUCCCAACACUGGACUCCAACCUGAAACUUUCUGUAUCAGAUGAUGAUUUACUGGUGAAUUCCAUAGAGGAGCUCACUAAUCAGCUGACAUCACACAACUUCCAUAUUCUGGAGAACGAGUUGAACUUUAACCCUUCCACACUGAACCAUCAUAACAUUUCCUCUUCUCACCAGGCCAGGAGAGAUUCCUAUUCCUCUACGGCUUCCCUGAUAGAGAAAAUGAAGUCUAUUCUGUUCCCAGUGUUCAUCUGUGUGUUUCUAUUCAUGGAUGUGCUUCUUCUAUUGUACCGCUUCACCUGGUUAAGACAAAUGUUCAGGAAAGCUAAGAUGGGCGUAGAGGAAAAAGUGGCCAUGGAUUCUGUGGCUGGGAAAAUUUAUUUCAUUUUGACUGGCAUUGAUGCUGAAAAGAGAGAUAAGCCCAGAGAGAGACAUUUUAGUUACAGUGAUAGUAAAGAUAUUUAUGAGAGGAAAAAUGACCUGCUGCAAUAUUUCCAGGGAGGUUCUUCAAAGGGAAAGGAGCACAUGUUGCAGCAGAUCUACUCCCAGAAACGUUCCAAGCAAAGAACCACAAUGCCUACAGUGCAGGAAAAAGUAGACUCAUACACAAUGGUGAAAAAAGUGGCUAGAUUUGUGUAUAAACAUCUAAUUUCUCCAUUAUUAUGGAGAAUAGUGCUUGUAGGUGCUUUUAUUUUAAUUAUUUCACUAAUUACCAUGACAACAAAUAACCUUGUAACCAUAGAGACAGCUACUUUUCUGAUGGAUACUAAAUCCAUACUGCCUCAGCUCCACAGGCAGAUACAGAUCUCUAACAGUCUGCUGAGUGACUUUGCUGUGUUUAGCAAUGAAAUGCUGACAGAUUUCCAAACCAAAACAUUCAUGGAAGUGAAUGAUAUUAACUCUUUAUUAGGGCACACUGUACAGAAACAUACCUCCAUUGUACAAAAUCUUGUUCAAGAACUUUGUUCCAUAGAAAAUGCUUCACCAUGUCAACAAGCACAACCAUCAUUAUCUCUCCUAGAAUCUCUACAGAGCUGUAACUUCAUGCCAAUUUAUCCACACUAUCUUCAAGAAUUUCAAGAUGCCACAUUUAUGGAGUACCUUCAUACAGAGUUGCUCCCCUUGGUAGUAACUCUUCAGCAGAUCCUGUUUAACACCUGCUACAUCCUGUUUGGAUUUGCCUGCCUCAUGCUCAUCAGUCAAGUCUUCAUCCGGGUCAUCCUCUUCUAUCUCCUGAAGACGAAUCGUCUGCCGAAGGUCACCAUGUACCUAGUGUCCAAUGCCAACGAGUGCUGGAAGGCCAGUCCCAUGAGUCCCCACAGCAGUGUGUACCGCAGCUACUCCCUGAUAGAGAGCUGUGAGAGCGGGGUCGUGGGGGACAUUGAUGACCAUUAUAGGGAUCCCACUACACUCCACCCCACCACCCAGCCCCACUAGUCAAACACCCAUCAGUUGUAACCCCCCCCCCCCCCCCCCAAACACACACACUACCUACACCGCUCAGCCUCACUAGUCAAACACCCCCACCACUCAGUCUCAAGAGUAAAAAAAACACCCACCAGUAGAAAACAAUCCCUCCCCCCACUGCUCACUCAUGGUAAAGCAAACUGCUUGGCUAUUGAAGCUUUGACUCACUCAUAGCACCUGCAGUAUAGGAUACUAUGUUGAUAAUUACACUGCCAUUCCACGGACCUCAAUAUUUGACUUUCUCAUUUCAGGUUCAAGUCCUGAAAUCAACAAAAAAUAGCUUUCUAAGUUGGAAGUUUUCCCCAGAUUUCUGGGUUUUUAGAAUGAAAGGAAUAUCUUUAAUAAUAAUGAUAAACUAUAUGCUGCUUCAUCUGAUGCUUUGUAUUUUGAGAAGUAAAUGUUGCUUUUUUUCACAAAUGUCAAAAAUUCAAGUACCCUCUUUUCUCUGUAAGGCUUCACCUUUUGUUUUAUUUUCCAAUGUUACCUGUUGCAGUUUGACUUGCUAAUAGGUACAAUACUGUUAACAUUUUACAUUCCAUGUUUUCUGUUUCAUUAUAUGCUGCUAUUUAAUAUAAUGCUCUCAAUAGCUAACUGAGUUCAGCAUGUAAGCUAGUUAAAUUAAUUUAAGCAUUGUCAUAGUCUUCAUACAUUCUGCAGAUGAGUAUCUAUGUUAUUUAUAAAUAUCAUUUACUUGUUGUUAUGCAGUUUGUUGCAGUAUGUUGUUAAUGAUUCUAUUGUUGCAUAAUAAAUGUGUCUGACAUGUGA